ACUAUUUUUUUGUAUCUCGUGAAUCAUAAAUGUAGGUUAGGUUCAUUCAAAUAUAAAUUUAUCAAAAUUUAACGUAAGAUAACAGCUUCAGUAUGAUUUCGUAACAAAGAACUAGGUACCUAUCAUUACAAAUAAUGAAUGAAUUGUGCGUAGUGGAUUGGUCAAUUAGCGAUACUCAAAAAUGGCUCGAAAAAGAAGGAUUAAGUUUGGAGACAAGAACCAUUUUGUGUGAAGCAAACAGAAUGAGUGGCAAAUUCUUUUUAGCUUUAACAGAACAGGACUUUGCAAUGGAACCUAUCAGUAAGUUGAUUUUAAGAGAUCGUAAAUGCUUGUAUAUGGCAGUGAAGCUAUUGCAACGAGAAAACCAAAACAGUAUGAUAUCGUUGGGUCUCAUCGAGCUACCAUCGGUCUCAUUAUAUACGCCCAACAAUAGUUACUUAAAGCAUAAUGAUUACAGUGAUUAUUGCGAGUCCGAUUUUAUUUCAAGGCCCGCAUCCGAAGAUGGUCGUUCGCAAAAGUUACCACCAGAAAUAUUCAAAUUAUUUAUCAGCUUCUGCUAUUUAAUUUUUGUCACGUGGAUUACCGCCUUUGUUAUGGUCAUAGUCCACGAUCGUGUACCUGACAUGAACAAAUAUCCUCCUUUACCUGAUAUAUUUUUGGAUAACGUCCCUCUCAUUCCUUGGGCAUUUGACAUGUGCGAAAUAUCUGGUACCAUUUUACUUACCAUUUGGUUAGUAGUUCUCAUUUUUCAUAAGCACAGAUUUAUUUUAAUGCGAAGAGUGUUUGCAUUAUCCGGUACGGUUUUCUUACUUCGUUGCAUUACCAUGCUGAUCACUUCGUUGAGCGUGCCGGGAACGCAUCUUCAGUGUAGGCCAAAGAAUAUCACAUCUGGAGACGUCUUUUUGUUCUCCGAUAUUGCGGCGAAGAUAUCUCAAGCUUACGUUAUAUGGAGUGGUGGCGGUUUAGCGAUACAAGGCGUCCGCACAUGUGGUGAUUAUAUGUUUAGUGGUCAUACAGUCGCGCUAACGAUGCUUAAUUUUUUUAUAACUGAAUAUACACCAAGGAACCUAUACUUCCUUCACAUUACAACAUGGGUAAUGAAUAUGUUUGGUAUAUUCUUCAUAUUAGCCGCGCACGAACAUUAUUCUAUUGAUGUGUUUGUGGCGUUUUAUAUUACGAGCCGUCUAUUUCUUUAUUACCACACGCUGUCCAAUCAUCAAGGUUUAGUUCAGAGGGACUACAGAAGGACGAGGAUUUGGUUUCCCUUAUUCUCCUUUUUCGAAUCGAGCGUCGACGGGAUCGUACCUAACGAGUACGACACGCCGAGCGGUAUCGUGAAAAAUAUCUGGUGCGUCAUUAAGUGUCAGCUCAAUCUUCUCCGACAAUUCGCAUACGAUUGCAGAAAUCGUAGCUCUUUCAUUGGCGAUCGCGAUACGGCGAGUACGAUGGAUUUUAAAAAGACCAAAUAAUGUAAAUAAAAAUUAAAUUAAUUAUUAUGUUAAUGUUAUUUAUGAAAAAUUUUAAUGUUUGGAGAAUCAUUUAUGUAGGGUAAUUAAUUGAUCUGUUUUGAAUUGCACUAUUUCUUUACUCAUUGGGAAGAAAGCCGCCAUUUUAUUUCAUUGCUCAAGUUACAAGAGAACGCUUCUCUAACAGUAGAAGGUUAAAGUUUUGGUUGUUAUCUUGGCUUGAAUGUACUUAUCAUUUUUGAAAUUUUUAAUUAUCUUUGAAAUUGUACGCACAGAUCACCAUUUAUAAAUGCUUUCACAAGCAAAAUAUAAGUAAUAUAAUUUUUAAAAGCUGAUGCAGCAUUUGAAAAAUGUACAGCAAACCUACAUGCCGGAAUUAUACAGGGUGAGUAAGCAAAAUGCUAAUUAAUGUUGCUAAAACUGAUGAAAAGUUUGAUAACAAGAACACUAUGUGUCAGAAUUGUACAACUUGAGUGACUAAAAUCCUUUAAUUCUAUCAAUACUAUUUUAAUCAUCUUUAGCUCUUUAUUCUCAUAAAAGUUCACCCAAACAUGGGCUUUCCUUUAAUGGUUUAAGUCGAUAUUCCCCAAGCCUUGAAUUCGAAUUAAUAGUUUUGUACUGUGGUGCUAUUAAUUAAUUAAUUAAUCUUUCCAAUGACAGAAACUAAGAGAAUGUUGAUUGCUUCACUGUGUAAAUAGCUUUGCUUUCGAUGUACCACCCUGUAUGCUACUAAAUGGUUCUCCAUAUCGUGUUAUCUACUGAAUAAGGGAGGAUUUAUUAUUGGAAUUUAGAAAUGUUUUUUAAUAUAUUUCUAUUUUUUAUGAUGUUC